AUGGGGGCCAAAUGCAGCGAGAUGAUGACGGGCACAGCUUCCCAGGUGAAGCCUUCGGAGGCCCUCCUAGAAGAGGACGAAGACGAUGGAGAGGACGAGGAGGCUGAAGAGGAGGAGGACGAAGAGGAUGAGGAGGCGUCGGUGAAAGCAGAUGCGGAAAAAGCAUUAAAGGGUGGCCUCAUGCGCGGCAAGACCGCUGCCUUUGAGGAGGCCAUCGAACAUGCGACUUCGGUGGGCAUCGACGAGAGCAUGAUCGCACACGCAGAGAAAAAGCUACAGCAGCACAAGGUGCAGCGAGAGCGGGAAGUUUUCAUCGAGGAGCUUCCCAAGUUCCUCAGCUCUGAAGAUGCUGACGACGAAGCGAAGUGCCAGGAGCAAAUCGAAGUCGGCAAGAAGCAUGGGGUCCCUGAAAGUCACUUGCAACAACUCCGACAGCGCAUCGAGUUCAUCAAACUCGGUCGCGACUUGGAGGAGGAGGAGUUGACGAAGGCGCAGGAGAUGACGACCGAGUCAACGCGCCGCUUCGUCACCUCUUGCUUUGCAGGCCGAAGUCUCAUGCACAUCGACCCGAAGGGUAAGAAAAUCAAGGUGCUUUGUAAGCUCGACCCUGCUAUGCGCAAACUGCGCAUCGAGGAGGAGUCAGGAGCCGAGGUUUGCAGCGCAGAGCUGAUCAAAGUUCAGGCCUGCGCAGGGCCACUGGCUGGGCUGGGUGAAAGCAGUCCACUUACAUCGCUUUCUGAUGAGGAGCAGGACCGCUCCAUCGCGGUCAGAGCAGGGGGCGAGGGUCCCUGGCUCUUCUUGGAGCGCAGAACUCAGCUUCGGGCGCAGUUAGGUUCUUUGGUUCUUUUCCAGGAGCUUCAAUGA